GUAACCCUUUGCAGAGUGUCCCCUUAAAUUGCAAGUAUAAAUUGUAUGACACUCACAUUUGAGUGACAAAUGCAUCUGAGACAAGCUUGAAGAUUUUUAUCCACAAUUCUGAGUAUGGGUGAUGUUCUGGAUUAGGCCAGCACCAUGGAGACACUCGGUAGCAAGAGAGAGAUGGCACUUCCAUCCCGAAGCUCUUCCCAGGCAAUAGGAGCUCUGACCCUGAGCUCUUCCCAGGCAAUAGGAGCUCUGACCCUGAGCUCUUCCCAGGUAAUAGGAGCUCUGACCCUGAGCUCUUCCCAGGUAAUAGGAGCUCCGACCGUGAGCUCUUCCCAGGUAAUAGGAGCUUUGACCGUGAGCUCUUCCCAGGUAAUAGGAGCUUUGACCGUGAGCUCUUCCCAGGCAAUAGGAGCUCAAACCGUGAGCUCUUCCCAGGCAAUAGGAGCUCCGCCCCUGAGGAAUUUCACCAUUCCCAGGAGGAAGAGGGGAGAUGGAAAAGCUCUUUUGGAUGUCUGCCUCAAAGAGAGCAGGGACUAUAGUCUGAUACAGACAACUCUGAAUGAGUCCCGAUUGGACAUGGGCAAAGAGAUAUCCUUCAGCUGGCAGUGGGAUGAUGUCACCCUAAUACACAACGAGGAGCUACUGCGAGAGUUCUUUGAAAAAAGAUCUGAAAUGCGUUUAAAGGAUAGACACGUCAGAGAAAUGGAGGAGAGGUUCUGUUUUUUAGUCACCUCUGACCAAAAAGCUAAGCAAAUGUAUCAACACGGACUGAAGGUUGAGAACACAGAUCAACACUCUCUGGGAAACCCGUCAUAUGGAGUCUAUUUGCACAGGCACGCUGAUGUGGCCCUGAAAAAUAUCAGCGGAAACACCCCUGCUGGGACCCCUGCUGGGACCCCUGCUGGGAAAAUACUCAUCAUUUUCAAGGUUCUCUUUGGCAAGGUGAAAAAAGUACCUCCAUGUUAUGGAAGGAUCAGCACACAUGAUCCAACGGUGAAUUACGAUUGUCACGUGUCCAAAGACCCCGCUGUCCCGAGGGACAGCUUGUCUCAGCAAGUUUUGAGCUCGUCAGUAAGUUUAGUGGCCUGGCUGGUCUAGUGGUAAUGCCGCAGCUUCCAGCACACAUAUCUACGGUGUCUGCAUUAGUUCAAAUCCCACUUGCUGCUCUUUGACACAACCUCUGUCUAUCUUUCCCCACUGUCAUUCUCUAUCUUUUAUAUAAUAUACACUAUACAUUCAGAAGUAUGUGGACACACCUUCAAAUUAGUGGAUUUGGCUAUUUCAGCGACACCCGUUGCUGACAGUUGUAUAAAAUUGCAUACACAGCCAAGCAAUCUCCAUAGACAAACAUUGGCAGUAGAACAGCCUCAGCCGUGAAGUGGUAGAUCACACAAGCUCACAGAACGGGACCGCUAAGUGCUGAUGUGUGAAGCGCAUAAAAAUAGUCUGUUCUCGAUUGCAAACCUGAAUACCGAGUUCCAAACUGCCUCUGGAAGCAACGUCAGCACAAGAACUGUUCGUCAGGCGCUUCCUGAAAUGGGUUUCCAUGGCCGAGCAGCCGGACAUAAGCCUAA